CAAAUGAUUACAAACUUAGUCAGACAUUGUUGGUACCUGAACCGUCAAUUAAUGACAAAGGUGUCCCAGGUGGUAUGGAAAUGUCAAGAGAUGGGUCGAUAUCAACUGAUGAUAUAGAAAUAAUAGACAAAACCAUGAAUGUAUUAAGUGGGAGUAACGCUUCAUCACUAGGACGUAAAGAGUUGAUAAGAAAACAGUUUUUGUUUCAGGGCUCUGCUCAGAGCCUACCAAGUACAAGUUCACUAACUAAUUCAGCAAAAGACGGUACGAAUAUAAUGCCAGAAUUUUCUAGUACUGAUGUGUCUAAUACUUUUCGUGAUGUGAAUACGGGGAUUAGAAAAUCUUUGAGUAAACAGAAAAAUUUCUUGCAACCACAGUCAUUUGGUACAGCUGAAAAAGAUACGAGCGAUGACAGCCAGUUUAAUUUAAUAUCUAGUAAACCAAACUUAGCUAGUAUCAGUGCUAUAGAAGAACCUAAGCAGAAUUCAAUUCAUCGCAUCAACAGUUUACACAAGAACCAUAGCAAUUCUCUCGAGUUAUUAGUUAGAGAAACCACUGAUACUCAAAAACUACCUGGCGAAUCAUUCAACUUUGCAGAGGAUCUCCAUUCUCUUCCUCUAAAAAUACCCGCAGAGUUUUCAAGCUUCAGAGAAGAGUCGCAAGAUUUUUCUCCAAAGAUAUCUGGGGAAUCGGCAGACUAUAUGGAAAAGCCUAACUCUCCAACUGUGAAAAUACCUGGUGAGUCCAUGAGUUUUGAAAAUAAGGCAUUAGACGCUCCUGUACCUGUAAAAAUGCCUAAAGAAGUUUUGAGCUGCAGAGAAGAGCCUCAAGAUCCUUCAUUAAAAAUACCUGGGACAUCGCCAAGCUUUAUACAAAAUCCUCAAUCUCUGCCUGUGAUCAUACCUGGAGAGUCAAUGAUUUUUGAAAAUGAGACUUUAGAUUCUCUCACACCUGUAAUCAUACCUGGAGAAUUUUCCAAUUUUAAUGAAGAAUCACAAGAACCUCCUUUAAAAAUUCCUGCGGAAUCGGCAAACUUAAUAAAGCAGGCUGAAUCUCCACCUGUGAAAAUAGUUGGUGAAUCAAUGAGUUUCGAAAAUGAGACACUAGAUUCUCAUAUACCUGUAAAAAUACCUGGAGAAUUUUCGAGCUUUAGAGAAGAAUCGCAAGAUUCUCCUUCAAAAAUUCCUGGUGAUUCGUCAACCAUUAAGAAAAUAGCCGAAUCUCCACCUGUGAAAAUACCUGGCGAGUCAAUGAGUUUUCAAGAUGCUUUGAAAGACCUCCCAAUGCCUGUAAAAAUAAGUGGAGAACUGUUGACCUCAGAAGAAGAUUCACAAGAUCAUCUACCUGUGAAAAUUCCAGGGAAAUCGUCCACCAGAUAUGUAGAACAAGAGUGUUCUUCAUCUAUUCGAACAACUGGAGAAUUAUCAAGAAGCGUUAGAGAAGAUAUAUUAGAAUCAGAUAAUAGUUUUGAUUCCACUGAUGGAGCUGCCUCCUUACCUUUAAGAACCCCUGUGAUCGCUACAACCCAUGGGAAAAAUUCUUUUGAUAUAGCCUCGAAUGACGAUCAAAAGACAGUGAUUACAUCCAUGAAGCCUUUUAGAUUACCAAGCUUACCUAAUUUGUUUGAAAUCCAGGGAGAUUCUGCUGCACUUUCAGAAUCAUUAAACACUGUUCAGCGCCGUCUAGAUGAGGCUCGGAAUUUUGAGCUUGGUCAGCGGUCUUCAAACAGUAGUGAUGGAAGUAAUUCGGAUACUGAAUCGCAACAAGCUGCUGCAUCUCGUAAUGGGACUAAAAAGAGAUCAUAUAAGCAACAUGGUGUUGCGUCAAACGAUAGUGUGGAGUAUUACCAGCUGUGGCGCAGUACUGGUGGUACUCAAGCACCGGAAUUUCUUUACGAAACCUUGUAUCCAAAUCCUCCACCGCUGCCUCCAAGAUCAGUGCACAGACCACUGCACAGAACUCAUGCAUUACCAAGUGUGCCUCCUGAACUACCCAAAAGGCAUCCUCAAAAACAUCCAACACCCUUUCAUCCUGAAGAUUGUUUUGGGUUUGAAAUUGUGGAUGUUGAUGAAGCCUCAGGAUUGAAGUCUCGUACAGCUGUAACAAAGAGUAUAGCUCUGCUAAGCUCUCCAAGACCGCACAGGCCUCUGUCGCGGCCACUACCUGACUCGGCAUUGCUCAAUCAAUCAGAAUGCCCUCCAACGCCGACACAUCGUCCAAGACCACUCCGUCCUUUACCUAUCUGUGCAACUUCAAAAGCAUCUGUUUCGUCAGAGGAACCAUUACCGACAUCGUGGGAAGCCAGAAUUGAUAGCCAUGGCCGUGUGUUUUACAUCGAUCAUGUGAAUCGUACAACGACAUGGCAGCGCCCAGGAAUUGUGACUCGUAAUAGUGGUUGUGACAUGCAACGCCAGCAACUCGACAGACGAUAUCAAAGUGUCCGCCGUACCAUAUCUCGACCUGAUAAUAUUGAUCAAGAGCCAGCGAAUUCAAAUGUGGGUACUAACAAUUCAGAAACAACUGCACGGCAGUCAGAACAUCAAAUUGAACGACGAGCAGAGCGUGCCAAUACCAACGAAAACGAACCAUUUGACAUAACAACAACACCACCCAUAUUGUUUUUAACAAGAUCUGACUUUUUUACCGUUUUGCAUACAAAUUCUGAUGCUAUGGAAUUGUACAACCGAAAUUCCAGCUUAAAGCAUAUGAUAAGUAAGAUUCGAAGGGAGCCUGCAGCGUUCCCGAGAUAUGAACAUAAUCGAGACCUUGUUUCUCUGAUUAAUUUUUUUGCUGAUCCUUUGAAAGAACUCCCCAGAGGGUACGAGUCUAAACUUGACAGAACCGGCAAAAGAUUCUUUAUUAGUCAUGCAAGAAAGGCGACGUCAUUCAUUGAUCCACGGUUGCCAACUGAGCCUACGCAUCCAAGAUCUGUUAUAGACGAGCCACCUGUGCCACCGCCGCGGCCGCAGCAAUCAACCGUCCAUACAUCUCCCGACAUUCCAAUAGCUUACAAUGAUAAGGUCGUAGCUUUUCUGCGCCAGCCAAAUAUUAUGGAUAUUCUGAAGGAAAGACACGCCGGCUUGGGGCAGAACAUUGCCCUCAGAGAAAAAGUUAACACUGUUAGAGUUGAGGGAACCACUGCUCUGCAAAGAUUGGGGCAUGAUGUACCGUUGGCAUUGCUUUUGAGCUUGUUCGAACAUGAAAUAAUGUCAUAUGUACCUGGUAAUAUUGGUCGCUCUCCUCUGGGAAGUCCACAUGCUUCACCAGGGUUAGCCAGAGCCUCGGCUAGAGCUCCAGCACCCUAUAGAAGAGAUUUUGAAGCAAAGCUAAGGACCUUCUACAGAAAGUUAGAAAGCAAAGGAUACGGCCAAGGGCCUGGUAAACUGAAGCUACACAUCAGACGAGAACACCUGCUGGAAGAUGCCUUCACCCGGAUAAUGGCGGCCUCUAAAAAGGACUUGCAAAAGGGUAAAUUAGCAGUGACAUUCGACCAUGAGGAAGGUCUAGAUUAUGGAGGACCAUCGCGAGAAUUUUUUUUUCAUUUAUCUCGAGAGUUAUUCAAUCCUUAUUACGGGCUCUUCGAGUAUUCUGCUAAUGAUACUUACACUGUUCAAGUAUCUCCAAUGUCUGCUUUUGUCGAUAACUAUCAUGAUUGGUUCAGAUUUUCUGGACGAGUGUUGGGGCUUGCUUUGGUACAUCAGUACUUACUUGAUGCCUUUUUUACAAGGCCAUUCUAUAAGGCAUUGCUUAGAUUACCUGCAAGUUUAAGCGACUUGGAAAGUCUGGAUCAGGAAUUUCACCAGAGCCUAAUGUGGAUCAAGGAGCGUGACAUAAGCAUCGAACCUUUAGAACUAACAUUCUCGGUUACGGAAGAGUUACUAGGUCGUGUGGCAGAGCGUGAAUUGAAGCCAGGUGGAAAGAAUAUAAUGGUUACGGAAAAGAAUAAGAAAGAGUACUUAGAAAGGGUUGUUCGCUGGCGCUUGGAACGUGGUGUAGCUGAGCAAACUGAAUCUCUUGUUCGCGGUUUUUAUGAGGUAGUUGAUCCUCGUUUGGUAUCAGUAUUUGAUGCACGUGAAUUAGAACUAGUCAUAGCUGGAGCUGCUGAAAUAGAUUUAAAUGAUUGGCGAGCACACACUGAGUACAGAAGUGGGUAUCAUGAUGCGCAUCCAGUUGUCGAGUGGUUCUGGAGCUGUAUAAGUAGAUUUUCAAACGAACAGCGAUUAAGAUUACUGCAGUUUGUUACUGGCACUUCAAGCAUACCAUUUGAAGGCUUUGCUGCUCUUAGAGGAUCGACAGGACCCAGAAGAUUUUGCAUUGAGAAAUGGGGAAAACCAAAUAGCUUACCAAGAGCGCAUACUUGUUUCAAUCGCUUGGACUUACCGCCUUACCCAACACCAGAAAUUUUGUAUGAAAAGUUGCUUCUUGCUGUUGAAGAAACCAAUACUUUUGGAAUCGAGUAAGCAUCCCUUGGAAUAUACCAAUAUCGCUUUAUUUACCUUUUGAUAAAUUUUACGAAUAUAAAAUUAAUGAAGCUAGGUUCUAUUAUAGUGAGAAGCAGGUAUAAACUAAGUAAGACAAAUACAACUGUUACGAAUCCAUAACAAUAUUGAAAAAAAUGAAAUGCUUAGAUUGUUACAAACGAAGUCUGUGAUGGGAUUGAUAAACACAGACAAAAUUUUAUGCAUUCUAUCUAUGCCGUGUCUCUGAAUCCGUGCGGACACUUAAAUCAGAUAGAUAAGAGCGAUGACCAAUAAGUUUUGAAGAAAUUUACUAUUUUAUCUUAUUGUCAGCGAUGGAGUUCUUCUACAAGAUUAUUACUUUCACCAACUGACUCAUUUGUUGAAUGUCAGUUAUUAUAUAGCAGUUUGAAAUUCUGUAUUUACACCAAUCGGAGUAGUCAUUAGUGAGCCAAAAUGCAGUGUUUUAUUUAGACUCGCUGAUUUGGAAGAGACGAAAUUUAAUUUAAUUAAG